AUGGCCACUAGCAGCCACCACCGCCAACGCCCCAGUCUCACUAUGUCGUACUCGCAAAAUGACAUACAGGCCCAUGGAUUGCCGUUGUCUUCGCAGAUGAGCUCAUUCAAUGCCUCCCAAUCGCCAGCCCCCACGCCCUCCGGCCGCGGCUCGCAGCAAUCUGCCAUGUCGUAUAGUUUCACGAAUGGCGGGACGCAGCCGUCAAUGCAAUCCAGCUUUAAUGGCUACGACAAUUCUAACGGCUAUGGAUCGGUCAUGUCGUUUCAGGAAGAGUACAAGCCUCAGAUUUACAGGGCUGUUUAUUCGAAUGUGUCCGUCUAUGAAAUGGAAGUCAACGGCGUUGCUGUUAUGAAACGCCGAUCGGACUCGUGGCUCAAUGCUACGCAAAUUCUAAAAGUUGCUGGUGUGGUCAAGGCCAAGCGAACAAAAACCCUAGAGAAGGAGAUUGCUGCCGGUGAGCACGAAAAAGUCCAGGGAGGCUAUGGAAAAUACCAGGGUACUUGGGUUAGCUAUCAACGUGGAGUAGACUUGUGUCGUGAAUAUCAGGUGGAGGAAUUACUGCGGCCGCUUCUCGAGUAUGACAUGGCUGAUGGAAACACACGACGAGCAUCUCUUGAAACACCGACCAAAGAGCAGGCGAUGGCCGCUCAGCGAAAGCGCCUUUAUAAUGCGGAGAGCCGUGGAAUGAGCCAAUCUGCCCAAGUGACAUACUUUCAGAACAUGUCUCGUACUGCUGCAAAUGCUGUCAACGCUAUUAGCAAGGCUCGUUUUGAGUCACCGAACAAAAGGCGACCAAGCCUGAUGCGGAACUCAUCACAACAAUAUAGUAGUCAAGAAAGCCGCGGUAUUCCCAUGGUUUCACAUGCCAGUACCUACAUCGACAGCGGUUUUGGAAGUCAACACCCAAAUGGCGGACAGAACGACCUAGCCUUUGACCAUGAUGAUGCGCUCGAGCCGCCACGGAAACGCGUCAGAAGUGCGUCUAAUCAGGCACGCUCAUUCGGAGCAAACAGUACGUUGUCUGCUUAUGAACCUACACCCACAGAGCCGAAUGAGUCCUUUUACCAGCAAAUGGAUGGAUCAUUGGCACUGGACGAUGUUCAUGGUCGGAAGGAAACGCUACCUCCAAUCCAUCCAGACCGUUUCCAGAAGGUAAAAUUGAUCAUGACAUUAUUUUUGGACAAACGUUUGAAGGAUUUUACAAACCACCCUGCUAUUGCGCAGCUUUCUGGCGACGAUCUUGAAAUCCCUUUGGAUGAAUACCAGAAUAACGCUUUACACUGGGCUGCAAUGCUCGCUCGACUUCCUUUGCUACACGCCCUCAUACAAAAGGGCGUCAGCAUCUUUCGACAAAAUUCUGCUGGCGAGACUGCCUUGCAAAAAGCAGUUGGGACGAGAAAUAAUCUUGACUACCGAACAUUUCCUCGGCUACUCGAAGCUCUCGGGCCUACAAUUGACAUUGUUGACCAUAGUGGACGGUCAAUUCUUCAUCAUAUUGCGGUUAUGGCCGCAACUGGUGGAGGGGGCCAUGUGUCGGCGAAGCACUACCUAGAGGCACUGCUUGGAUUUGUUGUCCGCCAUGGAGCUGCGAGCCAUGAGAAUACGGACAAACCAAUGGCAAAUGGCGAAAACGGGAUCACGGGGAAUGGCCGCACACAGGGUGAAAUUAUCAGCCUGGGCAAGUUUGUGUCUGAGCUAGUUAACCUACGUGAUGAUCAAGGAGACACCGCUUUGAAUAUCGCUGGUCGCGCAAGAUCUGUAUUGGUGCCACAGUUGUUGGAAGUUGGAGCUGAUCCUUACGUUGCUAAUCACACGGGUCUCCGUCCUGCCGACUAUGGCGUUGGUGUUGACAUGAUAAGCGAAUCUUCUCAGUCACAACAAAGUGGAGAGAAGAAGGAUUCUUUUAUUGACCAGCUGACUAAAACUAAGAAAGAGAUUUUAGAUGCUACAUUGGCUCAAAUUGGAACUCUCGUCGAGGAAACGUUGGGCGGAAUUGAUCGAAACCUGACUUCUGACCUGAGCAAGAAGCAGGCGGAAUUCGAUCACUGGCAUGCAAAGAUCCGCGAAAGUGCACGCGCAAGACAGAUCGACCAAAAUGAACUUGAUGAUUUAAAGCGAAAAGCAACUAACCGGACUGAAGUCGGGCGACGGAUAAAGAACCUUGAACGAGACUCGGAGGACUUGGUUAUCAUUUUGAAAAAGACCCAUGGCGAUGACUACGAAAUACCAGAGUCCGCUCCAUUUGGGCAUGCUGAUAAAGUUGCUGGUGUUGAUGUUUCCGAAUUCGAGACUCUAUUUUCGGGAUUCAACACUGGUAGUGAUUUCUCUGAAGAUCAAAUGAAGCUUCUUGUAGGACUACCGUCUGCUAGUGUGUUGGAAGCUCGCCUAAAGGUAUAUCAGGACCUCAACAGUGAAAUCUUAGCAGAAGUGGAACGAUUGAAAACCAGGAAUGUUGUCCUGGGCGAGAAUUACCGCCGUGUUGUCAUGGCCUGUACCGGGUGGUCUGCCGAACAGGUUGAUGAAGCUGCCGAGGGAUUGACCCAGUGCGUCAGAGAGUUGAAUGACAAUCCCAUGCCGGAAGACGAGGUCAUUGAGAUCUUGAUGAAAGAUCGUGGCCAAGACUGGUAG